UAUGCCCUAUUGGAUUUGUUUGCUUGCUAUUAGACUGACCACCUUUGUACCGAACCCUGCUGAGUAAAGUUUAUUCUCCUCUACCCCUGAGUUUGAGUCGUGCGUUUGAGUUCAUCCUAUCACCACCACUACGUUUCACAUAUAAGAGAUCAACCAAUGCACUGCAGUCAUAUCAUCUUCAGUCUUCACACAGGCCGUCUCUUCUCUCGAGGCUCACUCAUCAUCAGCAGCACUUCUGUCAACAUGAGGACCCUGGCUGCUCUUCUGGCUCUGGUGCUGGUCAUCUCAGUUAAUGCGCAGGAUGGUAUCACUACACUCCAAUGCUGUGGAGAACACUACUCUAAGACGAUUCCAGCAGGCAAGGUGGUGUCUUACUCCACGACCAGCAGUGGAUGCCACCUGAAAGCUCAUGUGUUUAAAACAGUGGCAGGAAAGGAGUUCUGUGUAAACCCAGACCUGGCCUGGGUAAAGAAGAUUGUCACCAAGUUGGACAAGAAGCCAAGUGCUGCUUAAACCUCCCAUCUGUAAAUGAAUCAUCACCAUCUAUGUUGGUUUCUGCAGAACUCCCACCAGGACAUUUCUGUGUUGUCUGAUGACAGUGAUUCAUUCAACUGACUUAAGAUAAUUCAAUCUCUGAAUGUGGCAGCUAUUGUAUCAUAAGAUAAUAUUUAUAUUAAAAUUCAGUUUUGGUAAAAAAAAAGAAAGAAAUUAUGUUGGGUAUUAUUUUAUAUUAUCCUUCACUGCAUAAUAGGCAUUUAAGAGAGUGUAUUUAGGAAAUGGGACGGUUAAACACUCUUUAUCAUUCUAGAGUAAAUCUGUGAUAAAAUAAGUCGAUUGAAGAAUCAUGACACCUGCCAUCCACCUAACCUAUCUGAUGAAAUGGCAGAUGCUCUUUCUUGGGGUGAUGAACACACUACUAGAUUUGCAGGUGUAUGAUAAUGAUAACAAGAUAGAAGGAGAACGGAAAGAUUAACAGUGAAAAGACAUUGCCCCCUAAAAAAGACUCCAGGGUGGGAAUUUCUUGGUAAUUCUUUAAUCAUUUUCAGAUUAUUCAUAUAUUUUUCAAAGAAAAAAAAUGGUUCUCUUGUAUAGGAUUUCCCUGAAGUCUUUGAAGAGUGUGAAAGCAGGCAUGGCUGAAAUGUGUAACGACCAUUUUUAUACAUGUAUUGUGCCUUUCAUAGUUGGCACGCUAAAUCAUUCAACUGUGAUUAUAGAGAAUUUUAGAGAGAGAUUAUAGAGAGUUUUUGAUUUAUUCUUCCACACCUUACUGAGGCCUUGGAGUAUUCCUGAAUAAAAACAACAUUUAAAUAUU